AUGUAUCUCCCGGUGUUGUUGGCGGUCGCGUUGGCUGUGCCCCGUGUUGUUUUCGCGGAGGAUGAGCCCUGCGCCCGCGUCACCAGCCUGGUGGAGGAUGCCAACCAGAGCAAAAGCUCGGUCCGCGUGCCGCUUGACCUGGCGCACGAGUGUCUGCUCUCGAUGCCCUUCGACUCCGGUCGAGCUGUCACAUUCUUGAACCAGCUGCGCAAGACGCUGGAGUUUCAGUCGACUAUUGAUAUUCUCAAGAAUCCCCCAUCCGGGUAUAUGAUGCCUCCAACCGAUCUGCUGGGAGGUGUUGAUACGAUCUUGAAUAAAGCCCGGAGUAAGGCCUAUUCCAGCCAGUUUGAAAUGGAUUUGGACUUGUCUCUCCUCAUUCAGUCGGCGUAUGAUGGCCACUUGACCCUCGAGCUGUGCUCGCAGACAGUCUUUCACUAUCAGAUUGAUCUGCCUCUAGUGUCGGUAUCAACUGAUGGGCUGGUACUGCCGCAGGUGUACACGUUGGAUGAUUCGAAGCUCCAGCAGGCUGGCUCAACGGCUGUUUCGGCGCUUGCGUCUAUCAAUGAUACAGAUGUGGCUCAGUAUCUCGAAUCUUAUGCCUUGAGCCAGAGUCUCCAAGACCGAGAUGCGCAGUACAACCGAGUAUUUCCGGCAUUGGCCCGAAGCGUCACCAACACGCCCGUCACGCCGAACGGGAUUUGGUCUUCCACUGACGCCUGGACCGACGAGGCACACCUGUCUCUCAAGUUCGCUAAUGGCAGCGUAAAAAUCAUCGAGCGGACCGCCGUCCCAGCCGAACGGUUCUUCUCGUACCAAAAUGGCACAGAACUAUUCAACAUCUACUGCCUACCGCAGGGCAGCUCAUCUUCCUCCCUGAGCGCAACAGCCGCAGACGCCGAACAAGCAUCUGACAUCCCGGGCCUCCCCAAUACAACCUGGACAACCGGCGGCGGUUCCGUAUCCGGAUACUUCUCCAACGCGCCCGACCUCCAAGACACGGGAAUUAUCUUUCUCCCCACCUUCGCCUCGAACCCACAUGACGUCGCCGGCGUAGUCACGACCUUCCUGCAGAAUGCCACCGCAGCAGGCAAGAAGAAGAUCCUCAUCGACGUCACCGCCAAUCCAGGCGGCUACAUGACCAUCGGAAUUGACCUAUUUCGCAUCUUCUUCCCAGGCGCUUUUCCGUACACCGCGACGCGGUUCCGUGCCCACGAAGCGGCCAAGUACCUCACUAUGGCCUACUCGCGCUCCAACACUACGGACUCGAGCAACAUCUUCGCGUACAAGCAGAUGGUCACGCCAGAUCAGAAAAAUGGGUUCGGCGAGUGGGAAGAUCUGUACGGUCCGCAUGAGAUACUGGGUACCGCCUCGUCGAGUCUGCUGGCGAACUUCAAUUUCACUACCACCUCCACGAAAUCAUUCCCCAUCAAUGGCUACGGGCAAGUUCCGUUGAAUCCCAGCCAGUCCCCGUUCUCAGCGGAGGAUAUUGCCAUCAUCACAGACGGUGACUGCGUCUCAACAUGCGCCUUCUUUGUCAAACUAAUGAAACGCGUCGGUGUACGCACCGUCGUCUUCGGCGGCCGCCCCAAGAAGGCACCCAUGCAAGGUGUCGGCGGCGUGAAGGGCGGCCAGUCGCUACAGAUCGGCUAUAUCAACGGAUACAUCCAGCAAGCGGAGCAACUAAUCGCCCAGUCAUCGAACAGCUCGUCACCGCUCCUCACGCCCGACCAGUGGCGCGCCUUUAACGCGUCCAGGCCGAGCCUGACGCCGUCGCUUGCUUGGGGUGGGAGUGUGAACCUAAGGAAUGAGUAUGAUCCCGACGACAGUCAGACGCCGUUGCAGUUUGUUUAUGAGGCGGCGGAGUGUCGGCUUUUUUACACAGUGGAGAAUUAUCUAGGCGUGGAGAGUAUCUGGGCGGCGGCGGCGAGGGCGAUGUUUGGAGAUGGGGGGUGUGUGCCGGGGUCGACGGGAGGGAAGGGGAGUUUGGAUACCUCUUGA